AUGGUAGACAAAUCCCAACAGACUGACAUAUCAGAGAUAAAGUGUCUCUUGCCUAUACCACAAUCAUGUGGCCCCAAAGCUAACCUUAAUAUUAGUAACAUUCCUGAAAGCAAAGUCAACUAUGAGUCUCUUAGAUUAUCUUCUCAGCUUCAGAAAACUUGGACAAAGAGAAAGCGUGGGCAAGAUAAGGUUGAUGAAUGUUUGCAGACAGACAUUAUUACUGAAGAGAUAAAGGAAACCAAGCCAGGUGAUGCAACAGUGGUACCUAAAGAAAAGCCAGCUGCUGUUGGAGAAGCAGCUUCUGAAUUUCCAGAGAGUGUUCAUGGAGUAGAAAUUCCAUCAAGCAAACACUCAGGUCAACAAAAAUUAGACAGAUCUGACCAAACCAUUCAUUCUGGAGAUGAAAACAAAGAACAGAAGAGCUUUGGUGAAUCAAAAGUAGUUACUGGCAGACCAAGUAGUUCUUUUUCAAAGUCAAAGGAGGCUGUGCAGGAACAUAAAUCCUCAGGGAAGACUUUAAUUACUGAGCAUCCUCAAUUUCAACCUGCAACAAGUAGCAAUGAGGAAAUUAGGAAGAAAAGUACCAACAGAUCUUCAUUUAGUCAACAAAUCAAAGAAGAUACUCGAGUACUUGUAUAUGAGCAUGACUUUGCAGUUGAAGUAAGGCCUCCGACAAUGGAAAAGAUCUCUGCUGAAGUGCAAUCUCCACCAGCUGAGAAGGUCCCUGCAGAAGAGGCCCCAGUGAAAGUUAAGUCUCCACCAGCUGAGAAGGCCCCUGCAGAAGAGGCCCCAGUGAAAGUUAAGUCUCCACCAGCUGAGAAGGCCCCUGCAGAAGAGGCCCCAGUGAAAGUUAAGUCUCCACCAGCUGAGAAGGCGUCAGUGGAAGAGGCCCCAGUGAAAGUUAAGUCUCCACCAGCUGAGAAGGCCCCUGCAGAAAAGGCCCCAGUGAAAGUUAAGUCUCCACCAGCUGAGAAGGUCCCUGCAGAAGAGGGACCAGUGAAAGUUAAAUCUCCACCAGCUGAGAAGGUCCCUGCAGAAGAGGCCCCAGUGAAAGUUAAGUCUCCACCAGCUGAGAAGGUCCCUGCAGAAAAGGCCCCAGUGAAAGUUAAGUCUCCACCAGCUGAGAAGGUCCCUGCAGAAGAGGGACCAGUGAAAGUUAAAUCUCCACCAGCUGAGAAGGUCCCUGCAGAAGAGGCCCCAGUGAAAGUUAAGUCUCCACCAGCUGAGAAGGCCCCUGCAGAAGAGGCCCCAGUGAAAGUUAAGUCUCCACCAGCUGAGAAGGUCCCUGCAGAAGAGGCCCCAGUGAAAGUUAAGUCUCCACCAGCUGAGAAGGUCCCUGCAGAAGAGGGACCAGUGAAAGUUAAGUCUCCACCAGCUGAGAAGGCCUCAGCAGAAGAGGCCCCAUCAGCAGAAGAGGCCCCAGUGAAAGUUAAGUCUCCACCAGCUGAGAAGGUCCCUGCACAAGAGGCCCCAGAGAAAGUUAAGUCUCCACCAGCUGAGGCGGCCUCUGGGGAAGAGGCUCCAGUGAAAGUUAAGUCUCCACCAGCUGAGAAGGCCUCAGCAGAAGAGGCCCCAGUGAAAGUUAAGUCUCCACCAGCUGAGAAGGCCUCAGCAGAAGAGGCCCCAGUGAAAGUUAAGUCUCCACCAGCUGAGAAGGUCCCUGCACAAGAGGCCCCAGUGAAAGUUAAGUCUCCGCCGGCUGAGAAGGCUUCUGCAGAAGAGGCCCCAGAGCAAGUUCAGUCUCCACCAGCUGAGAAGGUCCUUGCAGAAGAGGCUACAGCUAACGUUCAAGCUCCACCCACUGACGAGGCCCCUUCAGAAGAGGCCCCAGAGAAAGUUCAUUGUCCACCAGCUGAGAAGGUCCCUGCAGAAGAAGCCCUAGUGAAAGUUAAGUCUCCACCAUCUGAGCAGGCCCCAACUGAAAAUAUUGCUGCUGAACUUCAUCUUCCACCAACUGAAGAAAUGACUUCAGAAAUGGUCUCUGUUGCCAAAAAACUUGCAUCAUCUGAAGAGGCCAAUAUUUCAAAUAUCUCUCCAACAUACUCCAUUGAGGAAGUUCAGACUCCACUAUCUAAAACACCUCCUGCAGAAGAGGCUCUGGUUUGUACUAUUGAAAUAUAGAGUGUCAACCAUAUAGAACUAAAGGAGCGGCCUCUUCCACAGCUAUAG